CUUGGAUGGUGUUGUCGCACGCAGAAAGGCGCCGCCUCAAGAAGAAGGGCAUCGUCGCUAUGGAUGAUCCCGCUGUUACCAGCAAAGUAGAUGGCGACAGUCAUGGUUCUAUAGUUGCGCAGGACCCUCGUGAUGACGUUAUCUCCAAGAAACGCAAGCAAUCAACUGGCAAUGAUGACACCAGCACUGACCCAAUCUCCUCGAAGAAACGGCGACGAAAGCGUCCGCGGUCGAAAAAGCCGCACUUCCGCAGUCUCACCCCAUCGCCUAUCACUUCCAUGUCGGCCAUUUCAACAGGUCACAUAUCUGUGACGCCACAAUGGCUGCCUUCAUCAGCUGUGGCGCGCAUCCGUCAAGACGCCGAGGCCUUGCGUGCUGCCGGCGCUUUCACCCAGAGCGCCAUUGGUGGCCGCGAGGGUGAAUCCCAAAAGAUGGCGUUGCGCAAGCGCCAUUCGGAAUGUUGCGGGCUCUUUGACGACGCCGAAGCCGUUGGCAAAGACGUGGGCGACAUCAGGAUCCGUGACGCCCUCAUGGGUGCGAUCGCCGACCUCCGCGAAACCCUCAGCGCCACCGUGCAGCCAUUGGCCGACGUGAUGGAACUUCAGUACUUGUUCUAUCCUGGUGUCGGGAAUGGCUUUUACGGCAAGCAUAUUGACCAGCAGCACCACGUCCCCGGAAAAGUACACCGCGUAAUCUCGAUGGUGCUGUACUUAAACGACGCGCACUGGAACUCGUCCACGGACGGCGGGGCGUUGCGAGCGUAUCCGUCGCCGGCGCACCCGCCCGUGGACGUCGACCCUGCAGGGGGAACCCUCGUCCUCUUUGACAGCGGGAAGCUCUUGCAUGAAGCCAAACCGACCCAGCGCGAUCGUUGGGCAUUGGUCGGGUGGUUCAUGGCGGCGGGGUCAGCAUAACUCGAUCCAUGUUGCAAGUGCGACUCUAAUAUCCACGUACUAGUAUGUAAAUAUAUAGAAUUGGUUGACCCAGUUCCUUGUUCCAA